GCAUUGCAACCCUCCAAAUACGCUGGUAAAAUAGAACACACUGGUACAAUACAAUUGUCACAUUUCUGCUAAGAAAACAUGCAGGGCAAAAAAAAAAAAAACAUUACAAAACGAAUAGUUGUCAACAUCGGAGGAGUUUGAGACUGGAAGUGUUUGUCCUUAACGCAUGCGCAGACGGAUCUUGCAGCUCAAACACCAAGAUGGCGGACUGAACGGCUGGAGCUGACCGAAAAAGUUUUUUUUUAAUUUACGACGUAGCAGCGAGAUAUAUUCUUAAAUGUUCACAUUUUCUUACGCCUGGGACACAAAACUUGAGUUUGGAGCGACGAAUUAUUACCUGAAGUGAAGAUUGAAGACGUGAUAGAAGAUGGACGACUACUGCUAUGCUAAGAUGGCGACGUCCGCUAAAAGAGAACAUGAAAGAGAAUCAGCGCCACCAACGGAGAUAAACACCAAAACUGCACAUGAAGAUGAGCGAGUUGAAGUCAUUUUGGAGGCUGUUAUAAGCCUUGAAAAGAGCGUCGGUGAGCGAUUAGCCGACUUUGUUGAAGAAUGUAAAGAAAGAGCCGCCAUGAUUGUUAGCUUGAAGAAGGCAGUGGAGUUCACAUCAGAGGAGAUGAAAGAAUGCAAAAGUCAAAUGAAGAAAGUGGAAGAGCAAAACAAGCGCUUGUGUAAAGAAAAUAAUGAUUUGAAAGAAGAGAUGUUGGGGAAGAGUAAGAGAUGUGCAGUGUGCGAAGAGAAGACUGGACCACAUGUCUACAUCAACGUGCAGAGGAUUGGAGACGUCGAGCAGCUGAUUGGUCAUCCUGAAAAACAUCCGCCUCAGCUGCAGGGGGGGAGCUCUACUUUGAAGCCGGACGCUUCACAGCCCCCCCACUUUAAAGAGGAAGAGGAGGAACUCUGCAUCACUCAGGAUGAAGAGUGUCUUCUAGAGCAGGAGGAGGUUGACCUCACCAAGUUGCCACCGCCUCUUCUCUCUGUGAAGACUGAAGAUGAUGAAGAGAAACCACAAUCCGACCACCUCUUAGCUCCACUAUCAGAUAGCGAGGCUAAAGACGAGGUUGAUGUAACUUUGAGCAGCGAUACAGACUGUGAAGGUGAUAUGAGGACUCACACUGACAACAAACACUCUGAAAGCUCUAAAAAGAAGACGUGUAAAAAUAUUUUGAGCUGUUUAGUUUGUGGUAUGAGAUGUACUACAAAGAGCCGUUUGACUGAACACAUGAGAAAACACACAGGAGAAAAACCAUUCCAAUGUACAGUUUGUUGCAAAAGCUUUUCUUAUAAUGGCAGUUUGACUCACCACAUGAAAACACACACGAGAGAGAAAAAAUUUCACUGUUCAGUUUGUGAUAAAAGCUUUUUUCAAAAGAACAGCUUGACUCAACACAUGGGAACGCACACGGGAGAAAAACCAUUCCAAUGUCCAGUUUGUUGCAAAAGCUUUAUUUAUAAUGGCAGUUUGUCUCACCACAUGAGAACACACACAGGGGAAAAAACAUUCAAUUGUUCAGUUUGUGGGCAAAACUUUUCUCACAAGAACAGUUUGACUCAACACAUGAGAAGACACACGGGAGAAAGACCUUUCGAUUGUUCAGUUUGUGGGCAAAACUUUCCGUACAAGAACAGCUUAAUUCAACACAUGAAAACGCAUACAGGAGAAAGACCAUUUGAUUGUUCCGUUUGCGGUAAAGGCUUUUCUGUCAAAAGCAAUUUGACUGUACACAUGAGAACCCACACAGGAGAGAAGAUAUUUACUUGUCCGGUUUGUUGUAAAAGCUUUUCUCAAAAGGGCAAUUUGACCGACCACUUGAGAACGCACACUGGAGAAAGACCAUUAAGUUGCUCAUUUUGCAGUAAAAGCUUUUCUAACAGACACUGCUUGAGUCGACACGAAAUGAAACAUACGGAAGAAAGUCUAUUCAACUGUUCGUUUUGUGGCCGAAGCUAUACUCAAAGGAGAUAUUUGCUUGCUCACCUGAAAACACACCGUAGAAAACACAUCUAGUUGGCCGAUGUAAUAUUACGCACAGUUUGAAUGGUAACAUUGUAUUUAAGUAUGGGAAAAUAAAACACUAAUCACCUAAUAAAGUAAAUAUUUGGUGUACUAGUGGUACAUGUACACAGUUUGACAAUCACUGGUCUAAUCACAUGAGAACACACAUACAGAGAAAAACUGUUUUGUUUGCUCAGUUUGUGGUAAAACAUUUUAUCGGAGAGAAGUCGUCGUCGUCUGCGCUCAGAAAGUCUGCCAUGAUUUGUUGCAGCAAUCACAGAACACUCUUGAUGCUGUUGAUGGAAGUAGCGUGAAGUUGCUAUGUGCUCUCAGAAAUCAAUGCACCCAGGAAGUCAUUUGCUGACAGAAAAGGCUUAAAAUGACCCAAAAACUGUAAUAAUUACAUGAUAUUAUUACAUGUUUAGAAUUUGCCUGUCACUGAUUGUAUAUACAAUAUUGUUGAUGGUUUUAGAUGUUUUUUGAAGGCUUUAUAGAUUAAAAAAAAAAAAAAAGAUGACUCCCCAUUACCUGCGCUGUUAGCUGCCUCAUGCUAAUGGGUUUUGAUUAUUUAGAGCACACAGAAUAUGGAAAGGCGUGUGUGCUUCUCACACAUGAGAUUUGUGAAUGAUUGCAAAAUUCCCCCCAAAAAAGUUCAGUGUUAUUUAACUCAAAGGAAGACAGUCUGAUUUCAUCAGUCACUUUAAUAACAGUCAAGUGAGAGCUCAAAUUCAAAGACCGGCAACACAUGUUUGGCCUUCACAAUAAAAGCGGUGUACUGACAAGACUGCAAGUCAAAGCAUUUAGUAAGUUUAUAAUUGUAUUAUUCAGAAGUAAGAAUACAUGUAUAAUAAAACUGAUACAGACUAAUGUAUGACUUGUGGGGUUUUUUAACACAUGAAAAGACACCUUAAAAAAAGAUUUGCAAUACUCGGGGGGGGUGAUCACAAUUAUUUUCCACAAUCGUUCCGCCCAAGAUCAGAGAGAGGAGAAAAACGUUUUUAAAUGCUCAAUUGAUGGCAAACGUUAUUAAUUUAAGAAAGGACUGCUGGCACACAUGUGGACACAAAACAGAUAAAAGUUGUUUUUGUCUUAUUUUGUGCCAAAAGAUUGUUAAAUGAUACAAGUGUGAUGUCACAUGUGAGAAGUCAGCUAAAAAGUGAUGAUCUGCUGUGUGUGUGACACCAGAUUCCCUCACGAGUGAUAAGAACAGCAGUAACAGUUUCCUUAGCCAAAGAAGACAGAACAAGAUCAUUUGAAAUAUAAUAAGAGAAAAGGAGGGGCUGGGCAGUGUACAUAAUAAUAUACAAGGUUUGCAAUGUAAAUAUUCAGAUAUAUUAUUGUAGAAAUGUUGCUGUUUACAGCUCACAUUAUAAACAGCAAGGUGCAAAUUAUGUCAUUAAAAAAAACCAUUCAGCAGCACAAGCAAUUUAUUUGAGAUUGUGUUUACAAUUUAUGUUGUAUUAUGUAGGGACGGUGUGGCGAAGUUGGUAGAGUGGCUGUGCCAGCAAUCAGAGUGUUGCUGGUUACUGGGGUUCAAUCCCCACCUUCUACCUUCCUAGUCACGUCCGUUGUGUCCUUGGGCAAGACCCUUUGCUCCUGAUGGCUGCUGGUUAGCGCCUUGCAUGGCAGCUCCCUCCAUCAGUGUGUGAAUGUGUGUGUGAAUGGGUAA